CGACUCGGUAAAAGUCGGAGAGAUUGCAGAAAUUGGAAGAGGAGGAAGAAGAAGAAGAAGAAAGAGAGAUGUUGAGAACUCGCCUUCUCUGGUUUACGCUUGGGUUUUCGGUGACCGGAGCUUCCAUUUGUCAUAUCGUGUGGCGUGAUCUCUAUGCCGAACGUUUCGCUAUUUCUUCUGAUAUGAAGGAGAAAUUCAAUGCUCUGGAAGGUAGAGUAUCAGGUCUGGAGUCUGGUGGUUAUGAGAACCCGAAUCCAGCUCAGGUUGAGAGUUGAAGACUCUUGCAAGCUUCCAAGCUCAAAUUAAUCAAAGACUUAGCUGAUGUGUGAGAGAGCUGCCAUCUAAGAUGCUUGGAAUAAUCUUCUAAACAGAAAACUUUUUUGUUUUUGUAAACUGACUUCCCUUUUGACUCGAGAUUUCUUCUGUAAGCUACGAGCAAGACUUGCAUUUGUGUUACAUAACAUUCGGUUUUAUUAUUAUUACAAGAAAUGGCUCACUACUUUCGUUUCA